AUGCCGGGGUUGAUCGCGAUGCUUUCGGUAUUCAUGGUGGUAGGGAUAGAAAUGUGGUUCGCGAGCCAAGGUGCCGGCCACAGCCAUUCCAAUGAGUGGGAAAGAGUACCAGAGACACGACACAGUCGAAUAGGGUCCUCAAGUCAUACAAACGGGCAUGUUCCCCUGAACAGCCUACAGGCCCCGACAACCACUUACAGGGACACGUCCCCCAAACCUCGUAAAUCUACCGACAGCGAGUCGGACCUUGACCUCGACGAUCUUGAUCCUGUGGCCGACGAAUCUGCAACCUUGAGCAAUCCGCAUAGGCGCAAGAUCUCCCAGCACGAGAACGACACUCACCACCACUCUUCCGAUCGGGAUGAGCAGAACCCACGGCGUCUCUUUCUUCAAUGCCUCCUCCUGGAAGCCGGGAUCAUUUUCCACAGUAUCUUCAUUGGUAUGGCCGUCUCCGUUGCGCAGGGUACGCAAUUCGUUGUCUUGCUGAUUGCAAUCUGCUUUCAUCAAACCUUUGAGGGUUUUGCAUUGGGCUCGCGCAUAGCGGCCUUGAUUCCUGUGCUUUUCGACGCAGGCUCACCCAAGCCAUGGCUGAUGUGCCUGGCCUACGGCGUAACCACGCCGGCGGGUCAGGCCUUGGGGAUUUUCCUGCACUCGCUGUACGAUCCGGCAAGCAAAGUUGGGCUGUUAAUGGUCGGCAUUACGAAUGCAAUCAGCAGCGGACUCCUGCUUUUUGCAGGCUUGGUGCAGCUAAUUGCCGAAGAUUUCCUUAGUGAGAAGAGCUAUGAAAGCUUGAAAGGCAGACGUAGACUUGAGGCUUGUAUAGCAGUAACACUUGGGGGCCUUUUGAUGAGUGCGGUCGGGGCAUGGGCAUAG